AAUCAAACAUCCGCAGCUCCGCGAAGCUCGAGCUCGAGGGGAAGGAGGAUAGAAUCCCCAAAUGCGCAUCGCGCUUCCCGAUCGAUCCAUGCCCGCCUGAGAAAAUCGCACCCAAAAAUCCCCCGCUCGCUCUCGUCCCCCGAUGACGACGUCGUCUCGCGCCGUGCUCUGCCUUCUGGUCGCGAUCUCCGCCGCCGCCGCCUCCUCCGCCCUCGCCGACGCCAUCCACGGCUGCGGCGGAUUCGUCGAGGCGAGUCCGUCUCUGAUCAAGUCGAGGAAGCCGAGCGACGGGAAGUUGGAUUACUCCGAAAUCGCGGUUGAACUUCGCACUGUAGAUGGAUUGGUAAAAGACAGAACUCAAUGUGCUCCCAAUGGUUAUUACUUCAUUCCGGUUUAUGACAAGGGUUCUUUUGAACUCAGAGUUAGUGGACCUGAAGGAUGGUCAUGGCUUCCAGAUAAGGUCCCUGUUGUGAUAGACGCUGCCGGUUGCAACAACAACAAUGAUAUUAAUUUCCAGUUCACCGGGUUCACAGUCUCAGGAAGGGUUGUUGGAGCUGUUGGUGGGGAGAGCUGUUCUCGUAAGAAUGAAGGUCCUUCAAAUGUAAAUGUUAACCUUCUAUCUUCUACUGGCGAUAUUGUCUCUUCUGUUUCUACGUCAUCUGAGGGAAGCUACAAGUUCAUAAACAUCACUCCAGGGAGAUACAGUUUACAUGCUUCUCAUCCAGAUUUGAAUGUUGAAGUCAGAGGCUCAACUGAGAUAGAACUGGGAUUUGGGAAUGGCAUUGCCAAUGACAUUUUUUUUGUCUCAGGGUAUGACAUCCGUGGAUCUGUUGUUGCCCAGGGUAAUCCAAUAUUGGGAGUUCACAUUUACCUAUUCUCGGAUGAUGUUGUUGAGGUGGACUGUCCGCAAGUUGAUGAUCAUGUGAUUCUGCCUGUACAGAGAAAAGCUCUCUGUCAUACCGUAUCUGAUGCUGAUGGAAAAUUCAUGUUUAAAUCCAUCCCCUGUGGAACUUAUGAGCUCAGACCUUACUACAAGGGUGAAAAUACUGUAUUUGAUGUUUCACCUCCAGUCUUAUCCAUUUCCGUUGAGCAUCAGCAUGUUAUGAUUCCCCAAAAGUUUCAGGUCACUGGAUUUUCUAUUGGCGGUCGAGUUGUUGAUGGGAAUGACGUUGGAGUCGAGGGCGUUAAGAUUGCAGUUGAUGGUCAUGAAAGGUCUAUCACCGACAAGCAAGGACGGUACAAGCUUGACCAGGUGACAUCUAAUCGUUAUACAAUAGAAGCUGUAAAGGAGCAUUACAAGUUCAAAACAUUGAAGGAUUAUUUGGUGCUGCCUAACAUGGCUUCAGUUGCAGAUAUCGAAGCAAUUUCUUAUGAUGUGUGUGGUGUGGUUCGUAUGGUCCAUUCUACCCAUAAAGCAAAGGUAGCUUUGACUCAUGGUCCUGAGAACGUGAAACCUCAAAUGAAGCAGACAGAUGGAAGCGGAAGUUUCUGCUUUGAGGUUCCGCCCGGUGAAUAUCGCCUCUCUGCUCUGGCUGCUACUCCAGAGACUGCUUCUGGACUUCUUUUUGUGCCACCUUAUACUGAUGUUUCUGUUAAAAGUCCAAUGUUAAAUGUUGAAUUUUCUCAGGCAUUAGUAAACCUAUACGGUCAUGUUGAAUGCAAAGAGAAAUGUGGCCCAUCUGUUUCAAUUACUCUUACGAGAAUGGCUGGUAAACGUGAUGAAGAGAAGAAGACAGUUAGUUUGACUGACGAUAACAGUGAAUUCCUCUUUGCAAAUGUUUUCCCUGGGAAGUACAAGCUUGAGGUGAGGCAUGAUUCGCUAAAAUCGAAGGCUGGAGAAGAUAAUUGGUGCUGGGAGCACAGCUUCAUUUAUCUUGACAUUGGUUCUGAGGAUGUAAAGGGAAUUGUAUUUGUUCAAAAAGGUUAUUGGGUCAAUGUCGUAUCCACCCAUGAUGUGAAUGCUGUUAUGACUCAACCAGAUGGUUCAUCACUAAAGUUGAAAAUAAAGGAAGGUUCCCAACGUAUAUGCGUGAGAUUUCCUGGCGUCCAUGAACUACACUUUGAGGACUCAUGUAUAUUCUUUGGAAGUUCUUCUGUGAAGAUUGAUACAUCAGAUCCUUCACCUAUUUAUCUAAAAGGAGAGAAAUAUCUUCUCAAGGGACUUAUUAAUGUUGAUUCAAGCUUGCUUCAAUUACCAGAAGACAUCACUGUGGAUGUGAUAAGUGGUGAGGGUAAUGCUUUUGAGGUUACUAGGGGAAGUCUUAUAUCUGAUGGAGAUGAACAGACAAAGACUGCUGCAUACCAGUAUUCUGUGUGGGGGAACAUCGGAGAUAAAUUAACCUUCAUUCCUCGAGACUCCAGGGAUGAAGGCAAAAAGAAGAUCUUGUUCUAUCCAAGGCAGCAUCAGAUUUUGGUAACAAAUGACGGCUGUCAAUCCUCAAUUGCUCCAUUCUCUGGUCGACUUGGGUUAUACAUUGAAGGAUCAGUCUCGCCCCCUAUUUCUGGUGUUGAUGUUAAGGUUAUAGCUGCAGGAGACAGCGAGAAUGCUCCACUAAGGAAAGGUGAAGCAGCCCUUAGAACUACCACAGGCUCAGAUGGUUCGUUUGUUGGAGGACCUCUAUAUGAUGAUAUUACUUACAAUAUUGAGGUUUCAAAGCCUGGUUAUCAUCUAAAGAGAGUUGGGCCUUAUUCAUUUUCCUGUCAAAAGCUUGGUCAAAUAUUUGUUCAUGUCCAUUCCAAAGAUGAUGCUAAAGAGCCCAUCCCUUCGGUGCUACUAUCGUUGAGCGGUGAUGAUGGUUACAGAAACAACUCGGUAUCUGGGGCUGGAGGAACAUUCCUCUUUGAUAACUUAUUCCCUGGGAGUUUCUAUUUGCGUCCUCUUCUUAAGGAGUAUGCCUUCUCACCUGCAGUACAGGCAAUAGAACUUGGUUCUGGGGAGUCUAGUGAAAUUGUGUUUCAGGCAACCCGAGUUGCUUACAGUGCUACAGGCGUUGUCACUCUUUUAUCCGGCCAGCCAAAAGAAGGCGUUUCUGUUGAAGCUCGUUCUGAUUCAGGAUUCUAUGAGCAGUCAUUGACAGAUUCGUCUGGAACUUACCGUUUGAGAGGACUUCUUCCUGGCACAACAUACACGAUCAGAGUAGCAAGGAAGGAUGGCCUAGGAAGUUCUAUGAUUGAGCGAGCAUCUCCAGAUUCUGUUACUGUUCAGGUCCAAACUGAGGAUAUUAAAGGAAUGGAUUUCGUGGUCUUUGAACAGCCGGAAAAAACCAUUUUGAGUUGCCAUAUUGAAGGACAAAAAUUGUGGGAAUCGCACUCAAAUCUCCUGGUCGAGAUAAGAUCGGCCGUUGACCCAUCUAAGAUUGAAUCAGUCUUCCCACUCCCUCUCUCCAACUUCUUCCAGGUGAAGGAUUUGCCUAAGAGCAAACACCUCAUUCAGAUCCGAUCUGAAGUUGCUACAAACGCGUACAAGUUUGAGUCCGACGUUAUUGAGGUUGACCUACAAAAGAUGUCUCAGAUCCACGUCGGUCCUCUCAGAUACAGAGUUAUUGAGAAUUACCACAAACAGGAUUUAACUCCUGCACCUGUAUAUCCUCUAAUUGCCGGAGUCUCCGUGAUAGCUUUGUUCGCCAGCAUGCCGAGGUUGAAGGACUUAUAUGAAACCACAGUCGGAGCAUCGGCACCUGGAUUUAACGGAGCUGCUAAAAAGGAAGUGAGAAAACCAGUAGUUAGAAGGAAGACAUACUGAGGACCCGCUUUUUGUCCGUCCCACUAGAUUCCAUCUUCUGAUUACAUUCUAGUUCUGACGGUCCAUGAGGUAGCAGCAUUAGAAGCACCGUAGUUGACUCGGUCAGUUUUAAAGCUCCUUUGUGAGAGAGCACAUGUCCGAGAGCGAAGUCAAACGGACAAUUGGCGGGACGUGCUUCGAGUUUGUACUUUGUUCACAAUCCUCAGUUUCAUUGUGCCACUCUCUCCAUGGGAGUCGUGCAAUCGGACCUCACAACGGAAGUUGAAGAUCGACAUUGAUCUUAGUCCUCUUAGCCUUUUUUCGUUAACUGAUGUUAGUAGUUAUGUUGAGUCCUCGAGCGAGUUUUACAGCGAUCGAAUCGUCUUCUUUCCUAGUUUUUCAAGUCUCAAGAAAUUCGAAAUUUUGGUAUACGAAUUUUACUUUCUUCUCUA